UCGGCGCCCUGCGAGGGUGCCCGGAGGUUCGGCGUGGGUCGCGGUGACCGCCGGAGUCACCUUCCAGUGUGCUGCCAGACCGGGGCCCGUGCGGACAUCAGCGACGGUAUCACCCGACAGCGAAGGUGGGAUGGAGAGAGGAAUGUCGAAGGCCCAAGGACCAAGUGGGGGCCACCCUCUGGAAGUCCUGCCUUCCCUGAAUAGAGGAAUUUCGGAGGGAGCCAAAUCAUCGGAUGAAAGACCGACGAAGUAUGUGAAACUUGCGCGCGAAGGACGUCCAGAGGAAGAGGGAACGCAAGUAGUAAGCGCUGAGGAAGAAGCCGUUGACUUGGCUGAGCGAGCUUCAGGGGACGGCGCCGGCCAGGCUGUGCUGCCAGAUGGGGCGGUGUUGCUAGAUCUGGGGGUGCCGCCGAGUGAGGUGGUACGGUUGGACCUCUCGGAUCUGGCCGAGGAUGAGACGGAGGCCAUCCUGGAAGUACUCGGCAAGGACUCCGUGUUCCGCGCGGAGGAAAAGGGACGCAUCGAUAAGAUCGAGGCCGAGGUGCACGAGGAAACAGUGCGCCAGCGCAGCCAGGAGCAGCGGCACAAGAACGCGCGGCGCGCCUGCCUCCGCUGCGGCCAGACCUUCCGCAUCCUCUUCAACAAGCGGCUGGAGUGCCAGCUGUGCGGCGCCAGCGUCUGCCGCCGCUGCGCCAGAUACGAGCACGGCCGGCGUGGCUGGCUGUGCCUCGUCUGCGAGCGCGAGAGGGAGUUGCAGGCCAACAAGUGGCUGUCUGAGAUUCAGUUGAAGCAUCGAGUCAGCAUACGGACCUCGACCGGCUCCCGAUUCUCGGAUAGCGAGGACGACUCUGGGUACGACCCGUCGGUGAGCCACGACGACGUACCCCGUCCCAAGCCUCCAGGCGGUCCGGCCCUCCGUGACCCCGACCACGUGACGGCAGAGGUCAGGGGUCACCUGGAGAACGUGGUCGAGACGCUGCUGGGGGAGUCCAUCCAGACCGCCAGCAUCAAACCGUCGCUGGCAGACCGGCCGCUGGAUGAGUCGUGCAGCCCGACGACGACGGUGGCCGAGCUGAAGGCGGUGCUGCAGCAGGCGCAGCAGGCAGCCAUGCGGCUGCCGCUCAGGCAGGAGGCCGACGGCACCCCGCUGGGGUCGCUGGAGUCGCGGGCCGAGUUGACCUCGCCGGACGGCUGCGGUGAGGAGCCGAACUCUCACACCUACGAGGAGAUCCUGGCUACUGCCGUCCUCAGCCGGCUGGGAGAAAAGGCGCGCCGCCCGGCCGCCGCCGCCGCCGCCCCUGCUGCGCCCCCUGCCGGCUUCUGUGAUGCGGCCGUCCAGUCGGAGGAAGUCACCCCACUGCAGGCAUGUGACGUCACCUCGCUGGGGGCGGGCGCCGCACCCAGGAGUCGAAGCGAAGCGGAGGACUCGGAGUCCGAGGGAGCGGGGUACCACGAGGAGGAGGAGGAGGAGGAGGGCUCCUCCGUACUGGAGAUUACAAUUGAGGAGGAGAUAGAAGAGAUCAUGAUGUACGAGAACGAGGAGGAGGGAGAUCACAAGUACCGAAACGCACCAGGAAGCAGGAGGGAAUCCGUGGCAUCCCAGUCCUCGACUGCCAAGUCCAGCAGCAGCGCGGAAGGAAGCGGGGGCGAGGACGUGUCGCUGCCGGGCCUCUCCAUCUCGUACUCGGACCUUGACUUUGCCGGCGGCCAGUCGGUGCCGUUCCCGGAGCUGGGCACCAGCUUGCCCCAAGUCUCGCCGCCAGAGGACUCUGCCUCGGACGCGGACCGCACCUCCUGGGAGGAGAACUGGCUGUUCCGGCGGCGGCGGCUGACCCAAGCCAACCGGCUGCUGGGCGAGGAGGCGGUGCCCAUGCUGGUGCCCGACCCCAGCCAGCGGGUAGCUGUCACCGUCGGCUCCCGGGACGUGGACGAGCUGUCUGACCUCUCAGAGCGCGGGUCGGAGUCGAGCCUGGAGGAGUGGCGCUCCGUCUCGCCGGCUGGGGAUGUCACGGCUCGGCUGCGGGCGGCACGUGACGCAGACCGGGACCGCUACCUGACGGGCCGGCUCGUCACCGCCCACAGCAAGCCUGCAACUGCGGCCGAUCCGGGGAAGACCAGAGCGCCCGGGGACGGUGAGCGGCAUUCCACCGAGUCUGCCCGGCCGGCGGCCGCUCCUGCCAGCAGGGCGGCGGCGGCCGCCGGCCCGGCGGAGGCGCCCUCGCGGAGCGCCAGCUCGCCGCACGACUCGGAGCUCGACAUCGAGCGAGCCUUCUGCGAGGUGUCGGAGCGCCUGGCCGCCGACGAGUCGCCGUUCGAGGCGGACCGCUCCUCCUCUGACUGUCUGCUGCGCGCAGAGCGGCGGUUCUCGGAGGCGGCCGUCGAGGCCGUCAGUCCCGCCGAGCGCACGCCGUCGGCCAGGGAGCUGCCGCCUGGCGCAUGCGCAGAGCUCGUCUCCCAGACCGGCUGCAUUGCGCACUUCCGCUGCAAGGUCCCGGUCGACGAGAAUUCGGAGACGCACUGGCUGCGAGACGGGGUGGUGCUGGAGCCGUCCGACCGGUACGAGAUGUACCGCGUGCGGCACCAUCACCACCUGGUGCUGUACGACGCGUGUCGCCGGGACAGCGGCCGGUACUCCUGCCUGGUGACAGCCGCCGGCGCCGAGACCUGGCACCACUUCACGCUCAAGGUGCUAGCAUCCAGCCGAACCGCCCAGAAGCCGUACUUCACGCUGGUGCCGGAGCGGCGGCACCAGGUGGUGUCAGGUGGUGCGCUGCGGCUGGUGCUGCGCGUGGCUGGCCACCCGGAGCCGCGCGUCUUCUUCCUGCGCGGAGAGCGGCCGCUGCGUCCUUCAGACUCCGCCCAGAUCGGUACGACAGCACCGCUGACGGAGGUCGACGCCGGCACGUACCAGGUGCAGGCGGCCAACAGUCACGGCUCGGCCCGCCACCAGUUCGAGGUGGCGGUUCUGCCGCGGCCCGAGCCGCCGCCGCUGCCGGAGACCCCGGUCGUGCAGCGGGAGGCGCUCAAGGAGACCAGCCUGACCGAGGCCUGCAACUCGGUCAUCCUGCGAGCGCGGCCGGCGCGCGUACGGUCUCCGGUGGAGGGCGGCAGAGACUCGGAGUCCGACGGGGAGGAGAUCUGCCGACCCCAGCUCCGCUCAGGCACGAUUGCCGAGCGCGAGUACCGCAAGUGGGAGAACGCCGUCGCCAUGCCGAACAACCCGUACACGCUGGAGCGGGUGCGCCAGCGCCACAGCCGCCCGGUGGACCGCACCGGCUACUACUCCCAGCUGGUCAGUUCUGGUGACGACGGCUCGGACCACGACCUGGUCGCACCGAACACGGGCAGAAAAAUUGACUGUGGUCUGAAGUCCAUCGACUCGGAAAUCCUGUGCGCCUCGCCGCAGUUCUGCAGCAAUCCCCUGUACGAGCCCGAGCCCGACGAACUCUUCUGCCAUCUGUUGAGCGCCGAACGCACUCGAGGUGCAGAGACGCACCGGGACGAAGCCCGCCACUGCGCGGUGACGGAGAUGGUCCUGGAGCCUCUGAGGAGAGUUAAACAGCUGCGCAGCCACUUCCAGGCGGCCGACGGCGCGCCGGUCGCGCCGCGGAAGCAGGACUCGCCGCUGUGCAACUCCAGCGUGCUCAUCAUCGAGAAGUCGGACCCGGAGAACUGGGACGAGCCUCGCGAGCUGCGGAAGAUCGAGAAGCUGAGGAAGAAGACCUCCAGCCACAAGGUCCACAGCCUGACCGCGCGGAGCGUGUCGCGUGAGUUCCGCGAAGGUCUGAAGCUGGGAUCGCCGCUCGCGCUGCAAAACGAGGACGAGGACGAGCACGAGCUGUCUCUGCCCGGCGGCACCCGGCUGGUGGCAUCACGAGCCGCCUUCUGGGACCGGAAGGUGGCGCAGGAGCUCAGUUGA